AUGAGCAUGCAAUCUUUCGAAGUCUCAUUCAGAGAUGAAGAAGCAGUAGAUAAGCAAGAAAAGCCGAAGAAUAUCCUUCUUGGUAUUGUCUUCACAAUCUUGGCUUUAUGAGGAGGAGCUUCUAUCUUACCCUUAGCUGAUGAAUAUAAAGAAGUUAAUAUUCUUUUGAGAACAGUCUGGAGAUGGCAGAUUAUAGUUAUCUACUGAUUGCCUUGUGGGUUAUACUUCUUGUAUCUCAACAGGAAAUCUAUUGAUACAAAGAAGAUAUUUUCCAGAGAUACUUAUUUGGAAUUUUUAGCCCAUGCAUUGUUGUGGACAGUUGCAUCCACUUUUUAUCUAUGGAGUUCAGAUUUUACACUGGUAUCUCAUACUGCCCUCCUCUCUAAUAUGGGAGGUGUGUUCAUUGUGAUGGUUAAUCUUCUGAGAUUAGCUCCAGUGCAUCGUUUGGAGAUUUAUGGUACAAUAGUAGUCGUAAUAUUUGCAAUCAUUUUUAUGAAUGAUAGUUCUUCCACCAAAACAAAUGGGCAAACAAAUAUUCUUUUAGGGGAUAUCAUGGCUUUGGCCACUACUCCUUUAUAUGCUAUGUAUUACAUUGUCAGUGCAAGACUUCUUAAGAAGCUUCCAACAAUGGUUAUUCUUGAAGUAAGCUUUGUAUUCCAGCUAAUUAUUUACUUUGUUUUCUACAUUUGUGUCAUGGAUACUGACAAAUUUUAUUCUUUUGACCCUCAUUUUGGAAUGUUUGGGUGGGCUUCUGACACUUAUCUGGUAUUCUCACUUGUUUUUGUUGGAACAUUCUCAUGAUUGUUAGGAGUUGGAGGCUAUGUGUUCACUCUGAACUUCUUCCCACCACAUAUUGUUGGGAGCAUAUUUCUCCUAGAACCUGCUUUUUCUCAAAGCUUAUCAUGCAUACUCGGCCAAGACAACAUGCCUGGCAUAAUCACAUAUCUUGGAGCUCUCGGAAUCACAGUUGGAUUAGGAAUAUCAAUCAAGGGAGACUUACUGAGACAAAAAGAGACACUCCCAAAGCCCCAGGCCAAGAAUCUGCCUAAAAAACUCGAUGAAGAGGAAUCCUUUCAUUCCUCUCUCAUCGUCACCCCAGAAUCCAACCAAUAACCCUUCAAAAUACCAUAAAAAUUCCCUCUAAACUCCAUCUGUCC